CACGGACUGCGCGCAGCGAGUAGCCGGGAAGCGGUUCCAAGUCCGGACCUGGGAGCAGAGGCUCGGCUCGGCGCUGCGAGAGGCGCGGGGGCCGCGAGCCGGCCGAGCGCGGUUUCGGUGGGACCGGUGUUCCCAUCCUGGGACUCUUUCGUGGAGCCGAGCCCGGCCAAUAGGCGCAUGAGGAAGAAGAGCAGGGAAAUGGACUGCUAUUUGCGCCGCCUCAAACAGGAGCUGAUGUCCAUGAAGGAAGUGGGCGAUGGCUUGCAGGAUCAGAUGAACUGCAUGAUGGGGGCGCUGCAAGAACUGAAGCUCCUGCAGGUGCAGACAGCACUGGAGCAGCUGGAGAUCUCGGGAGGGGGUCCUGCCCCAGGCUGCCCUGAAAGCCCCCGGACGCAGCUGGAGCCCCCUCAGUGGGAGGGUGGCAGCGGUCCUGCCAGGCCUGCGGGCUGCUCCCCCUCCAGCCAGCCCGCUCUGGGCAGCAGCGCCAAGCUUCCAUCUCCUAGGAGUGUGUGUGGGAGGGAUCUAGCUCCCCCGCCCAGGACACGGCUGCCAGAGCACCAAAGCUGUGCCCAGCGGGGGCCAGAGCUGGUGGAACCGGAUGACUGGACCUCCACGUUGAUGUCCCGGGGCCGGAAUCGACAGCCUCUGGUGUUAGGUGACAACGUUUUUGCGGACCUGGUGGGCAACUGGCUGGACUUGCCGGAACUGGAGAAGGGUGGGGAGAAGGGUGAGACCCGGGAGGCAGGAGCCCCCAAAGGAGGGAGGGGCCCGCCGCGGGAGCUGGGCCGCAGGUUUGCCCUAACAGCAAACAUCUUUAGGAAGUUCUUGCGUAGUGUGCGGCCUGACCGUGACCGGCUGCUGAAGGAGAAACCAGGCUGGGUGACACCCACGGCCUCUGAGCCCAGAGCCGGACGCUUGCAGAAGGGCAAGAAGCGGGGCCAUUCCAAGGGCUCUGGACAUUGCCCCUUCCCAGGUGCCUCGGAGCCCAGACGAGGGGAGAAUCCUUCCACCAGCUGCCCCAAGGCCCUGGAAUCCUCACCCUCUGGCUUUGAUGUUAACACAGCGGUUUGGGUCUGAAUCCUAGAGGUAGAAAUUUGACUGACCCAAAAGGGCCCCUGGGAAAGAGGCCAGGCGGUAUGGCUUUCAAAAGCCUAACUCCAAGUCCCUUCCGCCGAGAAGGGAGGGAGAAGCAGCAGAAGGUCUGGAGCACAGCUGACAGGCCUGUAGUUGGGCGAGGCUGUACUAGGGGCUGGCUGGUGGGGGAGGCAAGAGUCCUUGGACAGAGAGAGAGAGAGAGAAUGUGUGUGUGUGUUGCUUUGGGGCUGGAGGUGACAGCAGGAGAGGGGCAGGGGGAGAAGACCAGGAAAUCCUUCUGACAUUCCUUCACUGCCCCAAAGACCUCAGUGUAACAUUCUGCAUGGAUCGGGCACUGGGGCCACAGGUUCCCCAGAGACAUCGCCAAUAAAGACCUUGUUUCUCGUGUC